ACGUAAAAACCGAAAAUGUCUCGCUCUUUUCUGAUGGAUUCCCUGCUCAGCGAUAGGCCCAACUUGAGCCAGAAGAAGGAGAAGCUGGGAUCGCCAGGAGGAAGUCCUUCGGCCGCCGCCGCAGUGGCCGCAGCUGCCAUGUUGCCAUCCAUUCCCAUGCUUCCGUAUCCAGCCAGCUAUGUGGGCAGCUAUCUCUUCUCUUUGGGCAUCCAGCAACAGCAGCAGCAGCAGCAACAACAGGCAGCUGCAGCAGCCGCAGCAGCAGCAGCAGCUGCCCUGCAGCAACAUCCUCAUGUGAGCUCUAGUCCCGGUUCCCUUUAUCAUCCGUAUGCCCAGCUGUUUGCCACCAAGAGGAAGUCCAGCGGCUUCAGCAACUACGAAGGAUGUUAUCCUUCGCCACCGCUGUCGGCCAAUCCCAACUCGCAGCAACUGCCAAGUGCGCUGCACAAUCUCUACGGAUCGCCAGUUGUGGGUGGUGGACUACCUCUGCCCGAACCCGGCAGCUUCUGCACCUCACCCUCCGCCUCCUCGUCGGCCUCUCUGGAUUACACCAACAACUUUGAUGAGCCACAGGGAAAGCGAUUCAAGCACGAGUCCUCCUGUUCGCCCAGCAGCUCACCUCUGAAGGUUCCCUCGGGGUCCUCGGGAAAUCCGGCGGAGAUCACACCUCUGAUCAACGAUUAUGCCGAUUCCAGCAAGAGGAUUCGCACUGCCUUCACCAGCACUCAGUUGCUGGAGCUCGAGCGGGAAUUCUCGCACAACGCCUACUUAUCCCGCCUUCGUCGCAUCGAAAUCGCCAACAGGCUGCGUCUGUCCGAGAAGCAGGUGAAGAUCUGGUUCCAGAACCGACGUGUCAAGCAGAAGAAGGGCGGCUCCGAAAGUCCCACCUUCAAUCUGUCCACCAACUCCAAUGGCAGUCCACAGGCCUCUCCCGUCUCUGCUCAAGUCAAGGUCCACGAGUUGAAAGUGGAGGCGUAAAAAACAUCUACGAAAAUAACUAAGAAAUUGUACAG